ACAUCUCAAUGAUUGUCAAAUUGUGUCAAUAGAUUUGAAAAAGGAAAAUUCAACAUGAAAUAUUUCGCUAUGUAAAGUAGCCGAGACAAACAGAAGUGACAGUCUUAAAGACCUCAGUGUCCACUGGGAAAUGGAAGAAUCCUUUUCAUGAAAAUACUUGAGAUGACUAAAUACAAUGUGUUUAAGUGACUCUGUGAUAUCUUGGUGCACAGAAUCCAGCUAACCAACAGUACGUACAAGUCUGCACUGGCAAUUUUACAGUCAGGUGACCUAUACUAGGCCAUGAGGUAGACUAUACAACCUGACAUGGGAAAUAUCCAAACACUUUAUAUCAGGUGAAGGCAGAGUGAUGUCCGAUACCCAGGGAUACCCAGGAAUUGAGUCCCAUACACCCACAGAGCACAUACCUCUACUGACCCAGUCAGGUGAUGCUGAGGAUUUACAUUGAGGUACAUUGUAGCCAAUCUUUACAACAUCAGGAUGAAGUUUGUCCAUCAGUCCGGCGUUCUCCAUCUCCUUGUACUAUGCAUUCUCUUCACCAUUCUUGCCAUAUUCAUUGUAAUGACUGGAACUUUUGGUCCAGGUAUAUGGCAGGACUUUGACCCGUAUAAAAAGUACGGGAAAUGGCCGACCAUAUUGAUGUAUAUAAUGAGACUUCUGACAUUGGUACCAUUGCCUUUAUCAAUAUGUAACUUCCUUGGAAUAGUCAUGUUCAACACAUUCCCUGAAAAACCCAAAGUGAAGUCCUCCACACUUUUUGGACCAUUUCUCUGCUUCCGAGUUGUAACACGUGGGACCUUUCCCGAAUUAGUCAGGAAGAAUGUUAGUCGUAAUAUCGCCAUAUGUUCAGAGCUUGGCCUUGAUAAUUAUAUUUUUGAAGUAGUGACUGACACAGCAAUCAACCUUACUAAAUCGUCUCGUACUCGUGAGGUGGUUGUACCAGCACAGUAUCAAUCAGCGAACGGCUGUCUGUAUAAAGCGCGCGCUCUACAGUACUGCCUGGAGGACAGUGUAAAUGUAUUAUCAGAUAAUGACUGGAUUAUUCACUUGGAUGAGGAAACGCUGUUAACAGAAUCCUGUGUUAUAGGAAUAAUCAAUUUUAUAAAAGAGGGACUAUACAGUUUUGGCCAGGGUGUCAUCACAUAUGCCAAUGAAGAAAUUGUUAACUGGAUAACAACUAUUGCCGAUUUAGUACGUGUAGGGGUAGACUACGGAAUCAUCAGAUACACUCUUAAAUAUUUACAUAAACCUUUGUUUAGUUGGAAAGGAAGUUACGUGGUAGCAAAUGUCGCUGCGGAGAAAAAGAUAACCUUUGAUUUUGGAUCUGAGGGCAGCAUCGCUGAGGACUGUUUCUUUGCUUUGAGUGCUUGGCGAGAAGGAUACAAGUUUGGGUUCAUUGAGGGUGAAAUGUGGGAAAAAAGUACCUUUUCUUUGAUGGACUUCAUUCGUCAGCGGAAACGUUGGGUACAAGGCAUCAUCAUGGUCCUUCUUAGUCGUCAAAUCCCGGCCAGGAACAAGUUUGGCAUCUCAGUGAUGGUUCUUAGCUGGUUAGUCAUGCCCAUCACCGUGCCGAACCUAGUUCUAGUGCCAUUGUACCCACUGCCGAUGCCCAACAUCAUCAACUUCCUGUGUGGCUUCAUGGGUGGAGUUAUGCUCUUCCUGUUUGUGUUCGGAGCAGUGAAAUCAUUUAACUAUCGCAGGACUGGACUGCUGAAGUUUUUGUUCCUGUGUAUCUGUCCCAUUUUACUGAUGCCUGUUUGUAUCGUGAUGGAGACCUGCGGAGUGACAUGGGCUCUCAUCUCUCGGAAACAAGGCGGAUUCCACAUUGUCAAAAAAGAGACCACGCCUUCUCGCAUAGAGGUCUAACAAACUAUCAUCUGCCAUAACCGACACAUCAUGCCUGUGUGUGUACCAGAAUCUCCUUCUGUUCCAGAGUACAAAGUUUGACUAAUUACCAUACAUUAUUCAUGUUUCCCCAGUUGUGUUAAUGUUCUGUUGUCAGUCCUAAACUCUUCAUUUGUUUGUACAUAUUUUUCAAACAAUAUACUGUAUGUAAAAUCAUUAUCAAAUGAAAUGCUUACUGAUUGGUUGUCUGCAGACUACAGUGGGUACAUAUAUAUCUGGCCAAUAUUGUUGGGGCUGUAUUUAGGGCUUAUCAAUGUAAAAAUCUUUUCCAUGAAAUUUACUCUGCAUUUCCACAACAUCAUCUGAUAUUUUCCAAAUAGGAAUUUUCAACAAUUAACAUCAAUAUAUAUGCAUAUGGGAAAAAUCAAGGUAUAUUAUACAGUAUUUAAGGUGUUAUAUUGCUAAUAUUGUUGUGUUUUGUUAAAAUAUACAAUUUUUUUUCAAACUUUUAUUCCCAAUCAAACACUGCCAUAAAAAGCAUUAAGUUAAUCCUGAGUUUUGUGAUGCUGUUGUAUGGAUGGUACAUGAACAUAUGUAUAUUUUGCUUUCUUGUUGAUAUGACAACUAUUAUUUGUUUUUGUUAUGGUGAUGUCCAUAACUUCAUAUAAUGUACAUGUGCAAAUAAUCAAGGUUGUACAAUUUUUGUAUACUUUUUUUACAUCUGGAAAAUCUCAAAUGUGCACAAAUUACAUAAGUGUCCCCCCCCCCCCCCCCUCCAAGACAAAUAUAACCUAAAUGGUUUAUGUCCUUUUUGUCCCUAAAAAAAUUCAAGAAUAAAGUUUUUGUAAAGAAAUGUUUUCAUAUCAGAAAAUUUAGACACAUUUAGCCUUGCAUUAGGUCAUUUUCCAGAGGGUCGUAUUUGUUCCAGAUCCCCUAGUACAGAACCUGUUCCCCUGCUCUUUAGUCACUACUUGUUAGUUGUACAUGUGCUGACAAACACUUCCACAAGUACACAGCAAUGGCGGUCACCAAAGAUUUAUCACCUACUCACAGUUAUUCUCUUUAUUACAAAUAGAUUUUUACUUAUGAAAAAUUCAAAGGAAUGACAGAAAAGAUAACGUCAAUAAUUGGAUUUUUUGGGGGGAUGUUUUUGACAUAAAGUAUGACUGGUUGGAUCAGUUCUAGUGUAAUCGUAGUACGGUGGUGUUGUUUCCUUUCCGUCACGGUCCUAACUUGUCUAUAAAGACUGCCCACUAAGACUUACCUUAGUUGUGUUUUCUAUAUAUACAUGUAAGUAACACCCCGUACAUAAGGACACUAUUAGAUACAUACCUAAUUGCUGUGCUGUAGAAGUAUGACAUGAAAAGUAAUCUGGAAUUACAUGCACUGCAGGUUUAAGGAAAUCUGUUUUUAGACUCUCUAGAAAACAUCACUAGUAGAUCACUAUACCUGUCCCUCUUUCUUUAAUGAACAACUUGGGUCCAACUGGUCACACUGUUUGAGAUGAGAUAACAGAAGUGGCCCUUUUAGCAGAUAUUUCAGGUACUUGUGUUUUUAGAUAACUCCUUGUAUCUAUGAUAUUUACUUUCUCAGUCUAUUACACUGAAGGGCUUUGUACACAGCCGUCCAUACCAAACCUUUUUUUUUAUCAAUGGCUCAGUAUGUCCAGUAAAGCAGGGAUAUAUAAUGUCUUUUUUUUCUUUUUUCUACCUCACUUACUGCCAUUGUAUUUCAACAUCGACUUUUUUUCUGAAUAUUUUUCCUUAAUAGAUCUCCGUUGAUAUAUUGUUGAACUCCUUUUAAGUUUACCAUGCCACAAUGUUGCCUAACAAAUGAUGUUGGUAUUGUGAGAUUUUACUGUAAAUAAACAUACAUUUGGUUUUAAACCUUUCUAUUAUAGCAAUUUUGCAGUCAAAGAAUAUAUAUAAGGUUAGAUUUGUUAAUGGCAUACAGUUUUAGGGGUUUAAGACAUACAUUGUAGAUGAUUGAGCCAUUAUUAUCUAUAGAUCUGAUGAUAGCUGUUUGUUUUAACUUUCUGGACAAUGAAUCUCCAAGGAUCCAAACAAAUGCAAAAGACAUCAUUAUUUUUGUGACUUUUUACGAAAUAUUCUUUCUUAAACACAAAGUAUCAAAAUACGCUUACAUGUACUCUUGUUAAAACUGAGAAUACAAGUUAAGAGACACUCAUAUACAUGUAUAAGUAGUUGUUCUCACUCAGAUCUCCACAGCUAACAAACACCAAGGACAUCUACAGGCAUUCUUACCUCACCCAGACCCCCUCACAAACACCAAGGACAUCUUCAGGCAUUCUUACCUCGCCCAGACCUCCCUUCACAAACACCAAGGACAUCUACAGGCAUUCUUACCUCACCCAGAUCCCCUCACAAACACCAAGGACAUCUACAGGCAUUCUUACCUCACCCAGACCCCCUCACAAACACCAANAAGCUCGC